GACAUGCAUACGAUUUACAAAGGCGUAGGCGUGAAGUAACGCGACGACCACGUUGCGACAAAGUAACGUGACGGAGGAAACAGUCAAGGUCUUAUAGUGACGGUAACAUGGUGUGAAGUGACAGGCUUUGGUUACAUCUUCUCACGGCUGUACGGAAUGACAAGACGGUAUGGUGUGAAUCAAAGUGACGGUAAAGUUACGGUAAUAAAUGGAAUAAAGUGACGGUAAAACUGUGCUUGGCUUGCAAUUUCAUAGAGUUAAAUGAAUUGACAUUUGGAAAACACUAUGGCUUGUUGUGCCCGAGCUCUUCCCGCCAUUUUUCUGCAACUCAAUCUCAUGUUAAUGAUGUACGCGGGUGCGGGAUUCGCGACAGCGGCGCGUCUGAAGUGGGACCCAAGUACGUAUGUGCCCUUGCGCGAAUUGCUGCCACACGAGUAUCGUGCAGCUGCUGCGUUGCUGCUUGCAGCUAGUAUUGUGUUGUUCCUGCUGGCACAUCUAGCGCUUGCAGCGCUGUACUCACGCCGUGCUAGACGACUGUUGCUUGUUAUGUACGGCUGCGUGAUGGUGAUGAUGGUGAGCACGCAAACAGCUUGGGGCUGGUGGACAGGCGUGCGGCUGGCGGGCUGGGCGCACUCCGCGCAGGCUGAAGAACUGCGCCGGGCUAUGCGCUUACGGGAGCAUUUGGCGCCGCUGCUGCAGGACCUAUCGCAGUGGCAUCCCCUGCCGCAGAAACUCAAUAACUUAAUUAAGGAGGCGGAGGCGGACGCGCCGCGCAACGGGUACGUGGCUGUGGCCGCACUGGCGGUGUUCCUGGUGCUGCAGCCCGCCGCCGCCGCGCUGUCGUUGUUGCUGGCUGCACGGACACAACCAACGCGAAGUGAAGAUCAAAAUGUUAGCGUCACCACGAGCUUAGACAGCGAGAGGCGGCCGUUGCGGACGGCGUACAAGAACGGACGACUUGUUCUAGUCUAGUCUUAGUUAUUGUUGGAACUAUGGCUUUACACUGGCGUAAUAUCUGAACAAACACAUAUUUGGGAAAUCAAUGAUAACAGUAAUAGUUUGUCUAAUUCAUAACGUAAUAUGAUGACUAUUUAGUUUAUAAUAUUAGAUAGUUUUGAUAUUGUAUACUCGUGGUAUUAUUUUAAAUUUUUAGAAUUUUUUAGGUUAGAUUCUUUGCACACUUUUACAUACAUAUUAAUUUUAUGUAAACUAAAGCGUGUUAAAAGUUUGUUAGCAAUUUCUUGAUUUUAAAUUUCAAAGAUUUUUCUCUUCUUCUUCAUUGUCGUUGCAGUCUUGUCAGACUGGUCGUGGUCAAAGGUUUUUAGGUUAGGAGAAAGUUUAAUGUUAAGACUGUUUAAUAUUGUGUUUUUUAUUUGAUAUGUGUUCAAUUUUUGUAUAAUAAUUACUAGAUAUUUGAUUAGAUUUAGUUUUUAAUUACAUCGUAAAAUAAAAUAAGCUGUAACUGCCAAUAAACUUCCACGCG